CCAACUUCAGCUGCUGAUUUCACAUGUUCUGCAGGCCUUCACACUUCUUGGUCCCAUGAAAUUUUGGCCUUUACUACAUUCUUUUUGGCCUUACUUGUUUUGGUCCAACCUCAUGUCCCGUGAUGAAUAUGAAAGACAGAACAAAGGCAAAAUGAAAAAAAAGACUCAGAAAGAAAGUAAACAGAAAACCCAAUUGCUUAAAUACUCUACUUGUUAGAAGUUGAAUCAUUAACCACUAAAACUCCAUCCCCCCACAUUUGGUUUAGAAAAAAAAGAAGAGAAAAAUACCUCUACAAGAGAUGGAAGAAGAGUGCGGCCUUCUUGGCUGGAAAUAUUGCUAUCAAGAAGAGGGGAUUGAAGAGUUAAGGCAUUUUUACAGUUCAUGGGAGCUGGAGGCAGCCAUUUUAUCAGCUAAGGAGGAAAUUGAAAGGCGAGAAGUUGAGCUCAUCCAUGUCAAAGAUGCUUUAAAUAAGACUAUCAAAGAGAGAAAUGAAGCGCAAACGCAAUCCCAGAAGCUGCUGCUGGAGAAACACUUCCUGCAACAGCAACUUCAAAAGCAACAGCCGAUUACAAAUUCGAUGAAAUCAGAAUUGCCCUUGAAUUUGGCGGUGAAGAGGCCAUUGCCCAAGAAGGGCAAAUUAUUGAAGGCAGUAAUAGAAGCCGGGCCGCUUCUGCAGAAUCUUCUCUUAGCGGGGCCUCUCCCUCAGUGGCAGCAUCCUCCUCCGCAGCUCGACUUCAUUGAAAUACCUCCGGUGGCGUUCGCGAUCAGUUCGUCUCCUUCUCCUCGCUUUGGACACCACAACGGCGCUGUCAUGAAUCCAACAGCGGAUUUUUCACGCAAGAAAAGGGGCAUCGAAUUCAGUGAGUUGGGGUUUGAUUCUGCCCCCAAGUAUCAAAAAGUUGUCCCCAUUAAUUAACCAAAAUCCUGCAAUUAUCCCGUUAAUUAAUUUUCAUACUUAGGAUUAACAAUCCUUUCAAUUAUACAUGAUUAAUGUUAA